UUCUUUCCUUGAAGAGAAAAAUGAGCUGGGCGUUCCUACGUGAUCUGCUGAGUGGAGUGAAUAAAUACUCAACAGGAAUCGGAAGAAUUUGGAUAGCUGUUGUGUUCAUGUUCCGCUUACUGGUUUAUGUUGCUGCCGCAGAAAACAUCUGGAAACACGAGCAUGAUGAAUUUGAGUGCAAUAUCAAGCAGCCUGGUUGUGAAAAUGUCUGCUUUGACCAUUUUUUCCCUGUCUCUCACAUCAGACUUUGGGCUUUGCAAUUAAUCAUGGUCUCCACCCCUUCACUCUUGGUUGUCUUUCAUGUUGCUUACAGAGAGAACAGAGAGAAACACCACAACCAGAAACUUUAUAAAAAUCCAGGAAAGAUAGAUGGUGGAUUGCUGUGCACUUACCUAAUCAGCCUCAUUUUAAAAACAGGGCUUGAAAUAGUUUUUCUUGUUCUGUUUUAUAAAUUGUACAAUGGAUUCAAAAUACCACGUCUUGUGAAAUGUGACAUAAAACCAUGUCCCAAUACUGUAGACUGUUAUAUUUCCAAACCCACAGAGAAAAUGAUUUUCCUCUAUUUUCUGGUGGCAACUUCAUGCCUGUGCAUCAUAUUAAAUCUAAGUGAACUGAGUUAUCUGAUUUUCAAAUACUCCAUAAAAUGUUAUCUGAAGAGACACGUGAGAAACAGCAAGGCUCGAAAAGUGAUUGCUGCGAAUCAGAACUCAUCAGGUACAACAGAGCAGCAGCUGCAGGACAACUCCACAACAGCUCAUCAUCUUUGCCUCUGAAUAUGUAACAUGAACAUGAAAACAUUCCCUGCUGAGUUGAAAGAAGGCUGAAGACCACCCUCCCAUUACACAAGCUGUUUUUGACAAAUUGCUUUUCCAAUCAGUGCUUUGCAGAACUAUCCUUGGAAAGGAUAGUUACAUAGGAAAUGUUGUUUCUCUGUUAGUUCCCCAUUACUUGAGCUGAUAAAUUCACUUACAUUAUGUAUGUCAUACAUAGAAUCACUGAGACCUUUUCAUGUUGAAACAAGAAAUGUAGAAGCUCUGAGAAUUCCAUGAAGCUUUAAUAUAAACACAGAUACUUAUGAUAAAUCACGCAGAAACAAUUGCUCAAACAGUUGUGUACUGAAUAUUACAUGGAAUUGCUUUGGUACAAGCAAAAAUAGGCUUUUUAUAUGCAGAGAUAGGAAGAACCUGGGAUUGAUGAAGAAAGACAGCAACAGGGUAUACAGGAUUUGUCAGGUAGGUUGGUCAGACCUGGUAACUGCUGAAAUGGAAAUAGCAAAGUACUGGCAUAGAAUGAUUGUUGUGCCUUUAAGUGAGCUGGGUAGUUACGAGUCCAUUCCAUUGGACUACUGUAAAACAUCUCAAAAAAAGAAAAAAAAAACAAAAAACAAGAAGAGGUAGACACAUCUAGUUUAGCCCAUGUGAUAAAGACAGAUUUGGUUAUUUAGCUGAUUGUAAAGCACCUCCUUCUGGAAUUAUUUGAGCCCUUACAGCUGUUAGGCUGUUAAUCAUCAAAAAGCAUGCUUUAAGAAAGGCACUUGCUCAAACUUUGCAAGUAGCAUGUACCAGUGUAUAGACUUCACUCCUGGUCAACUGCACCAAGCAGCUCCCAUGUCAAUAGACUUGUCUUCUGCUCUGGUGGUGGCAUUUAAGCGAACAGAUCAUUCCCACUUCCCUAGGAUCUGAACAGAGAAAUGCAGACCACACAAUACGGAAGAACAGUAGCCAGUAGUCCCUAGUAUUAAGUAGCCUAGAAUCUGGUCCCUUUAGUAAGGUUGGAUAUAUGAUACUCCUUCAGUAGAUUUCUCCACUGCAAAAAAACGUGUGAAAUCUGGAAAUAUGAAAAGCCCCCAGCAUAAACAAAGUAAAAAGGAAUCACCUGUUCCCUCCCCCAGAUUUCAAAGUAUCUCAAGCACCACACACCUCUGCUCUUUGUUAUGCGUGUUGUUUGGGCUAACAGGAAAGGGACAGUGAACCUAGGCUUCUAAGACAGUGGAAAGUAGUACCUUACAAAACUUCCUUCAGGGUAGUGUUUUCUUUCAGUUAAUGGAACGAAAGACCUUUGGACAUACAUCUGGUACUGAGCCUGAUAAAAAUGCACUGUUUAGAGAAAAACACCAACUGAAGUGGAGCUGCCUGAAUGCUGAACUAAUUUUAUUGUUCAUGCCAGGAUAAGAAGGAAGAAACAAAAAAAGCAGCCAAAGCAGGUUAACUAUUUUUUUUCCACAGAGGCCCCCUCUGGCCCUUUGACUUUGGUUACAAAGCAUUACAUUUAAUGAGUAGCAGUUAGAGUGAACCUUAGCAACCACUGAAGAAGCUAUGAACUUCUGGUGGUGAUUUUCAAGGAAGGGUUUGGGUUUUGUUUUUGUUUUUCUCCCCUGAAAUAAACCUACCUUUUUUAAAAUAUGGAAAGACAUUUGCUGCUGCUGAAUUUAACAGCAACAGCAGUCCCUCAGAGACCAGCUUGCCAGGUUGUGGGCAGUUAGUUUUAAAUCUUGACUGAUGCUGAAUCUGUGCUUAUAUAGAGACAGGGUGCUUUAUACAAUUCAGAACGUUUUCUGUUAAACCUCUACCUACACAGAAUGUGGCUUGUGACAGAAAUGCACUUAGAAAAGCAGUUAGCUGCUUUUGCAGCUCCUGGACAAAACCCACCAAAGAAUGCCUGAAGCAAAACCACCACCCAUGAACCAUGUGAAAAUGUGACUGCUACAGCUUAAGUAACUGAGAACAAACCCCAGAAUUAUCUUAGCCCAUCUGGACCCUCAUGCAUCAUUUUAUUAAGAGAAGGGCAACAGAAUCAAAGAAAAAAAUGUUUCUGAAGUAUCUGGGUUUUAAUAACUGAGGACAGAUUUUUAAGAGCACAUUAACGAAAAAAUAUUUAUUCAUUGUUUUUAAAGUAAGGUUUAUUUGAGAGAAAAUUAAGAGAAGCAAACACAGAUUAGCCAACACAGGUUUCUGAUAAAAUUAGUGCAUUAGCUGCUCUCUAAUAAAAAAGUAUAUUAAGUCAGGGCUUGAAGGGUUUUAGAGCACCCCCUAAAGCUCUGUGGCUGGUCAGAGAUUACCACUUAGACCAAAAAUUUUCCCAUCAAACAAGAACUCUAAUUCUUUGGAAUGUAUAUUCAAAGUUUUAUUUUUAAUUCUAUCUUCCAACAGUCAAGAAAUGAUAAAUAAAUUCAAAAAUCAGUGUUUUGAGUCUUGGAGAAUACUUCAGUUUUGACAAAGCCAGUACCUUACAUGAGAAAUAUUCUGAAAAAUUAUUAUGGACCAACUCCACAUAACCCGACUCACUCGCAGCAAAUCGCCAAGUAGCCUUCACAUCAUGUGCUGCAAAAUUUGAAUGUUUCACAGGGCUACUAAUGAAAAGGAAAUGAGCAUCACUUCACUGAGAGAACAGAAACAAAUUCAUCUACUGUCUGAACCCUCACUCUUGGCAACCAUUCGGUCUUUUACUGGCUCCUUCCCUUUCCCCGUUUUUAUGUGCCUUUGUUCUCCAGUUUCAGUUUCACUCGUCCAUGCACCCCUGAAGGCAUUUGCUGUUACAUUUUUGGUUCAAAUGAGUUUACAGGUUUGGUCCCAAAACUUCUGAGUCACUCAGACUAACAUUUUAAAAAAUUUAAAUCAAGUGCUAUGUUCUGCAAGGAUAUAAGCAAUUGAUAGAAAGCUGAUCUGAGUCCAUACUGUAAUGGAGAAAUAACGCAAUCACUGCAUGCACAUUCAUACAAAAAUAUUUACCUCAUUCGUAUUUCAAAACAUCCCUGCAAACAUCAAAGGACCAGUAUCUUACAUAGGCUCUCAUUUUCUUUAAAAUCCAAGUAAGCCUCUUGCCUUGGGACAGAAGAGGUUUGAAAAAAAGACACAAAGUAUUUCCCUAUUUGCUGAUCGUUUUUUCCCUCUACUCCCUUCUCCAGUACCAGUGGCCUCAUUUCCCAUCUUUUUAAUUGUAUCACCUCCAUACCAAGGCUCCAGGCAGGGCUGAGCAGGGCAUGAGCAGGAGUUUCUCCAACUGGGGAACCUAAACCUCAACCUAGUCUGUCCCUGCCCUUGUCCCUCUCUCCUCUGCACACAUGUGGAAGCCCCAGCUAAUUCUUUGGCACAGAAAGUAAUCGCAACAAUUAGCCAACUACCUGCCCCUCUCCUGACCCAACAACUGAUCCCAGUGUUAUUUGUACAAGCACUGCUUACUUACUAUCCAACAUCCAUAGACCAAAUGUCCCACUGUAAUGCUCGAGCCCACGGUCCCCCCAUCCAGCUGAGAAGGACCACCCUGAAACAUGUAGGGACAAAUCCACUACUCUUAUUUACACUGAAUUAGGGCUCAGGUAAUAGCAGAUUUCUUUAUAUAAACAUAAUUAAGCACCAGAGAGGCUGACUGUCAGUUUAAAGGUGUCUUUUGAUCACAAAACAGUCCUUGCUCUGAAUUCAGACAGAUUCUUCAAUUUGGCUGCUUCCCCAUCAGCAGCACCUGCUGCUUUAGUCAGCACAUUCCUAAUUUCAACAAGGGGCUUCAAAGAAAGCACCUUUGUUUGAAUGUUCCACAGUUAGUGGGAAGGCAGAGACAAAGGAGAGAAAGAAAAGGCAAAAGACAGAGGACUGGGCAGCGGGGCUGACGUGCUGCUGGUACAGCUGGCUCAGCCACCUCGGAGCCCUAUCCCACCCAGCAGCCCCCAAGGACAGGUGUGUGGCUUCAAGCCCCAGAGAAGCUGCCCAUCCAGGUGUGCUAGGGUGAGAGGUUUUCUCUAUCACCCAAGGUAAAACAUCUAAAUGCAAAUACCAGAUUUAUUUCUUGGGAGUUUCUAUAAGUGGCUUUACAAACCAGAGUGCCCUCUACAGUCUGUGACAUUUUAAAUCAGACUCUGCCUUUGGUAUGCCAUUUUAAGUUCAAAAUACUCCUGUUUGUUUUUUAAAAAGGAAAUAAGAGACCCCAUACUAGCUUACCUGUUGGACAGGCAGUCAGUAAUCACCUAAAAGGGAGUGUGCCAUGGAAUGUACUAACUAUAUGGGUACAGCAUUGCUUUAAUUGGAUUGAUUGGGAUGAGACAGUAUUUCCUGGAUAUUUAUGACAUUGGAUUUUUUAUCCUUUUCUCUUUUUUUAAAUAGCAUUCUAGUAUAGCACUGUGUAGCUAAUAGUUGUAUGCUAUUCUCAGUCCAAGAACUGCAAAUGAUACAGUAUCAAUCAUCGGGAAUGUUGAAACUAUUCAACUUACACAACACAAACAAUCUUCUAAAGACUAACAGUUGCAAGGUCUGUUGACAGUGACAGUGGUUAGGUACAGCUGAAAACAUGAGAAUUCAGAUGAGCUCUGAGGAUCCUCUCCAGAGGAUCUCUGCCCUCUUCUCCCCUGCAGAAGCUCCCUCUACAAUCACCGUGGCUGGUAUCCGACAGCAGCUCCAUCCAGGGGGACCAGCAGCCUCGGGCAGGUAGAAAAUGGCACUGUGUACUUGUAAUGAUUAUAAUGAUCACUAUUAGAGUCAAAAUGCAAGGAUUUGUUUUGGUUUUGUCAUUCUCAGACUGCACCUUUGAUUUACUAAUCAAAGCGUAAUAAAAGUUUGGUCACUUGUGAGGGAUGGAAAGUGAAAGGAGCCGACGGGCUCUGUUCAUAUGGAAGCACAGGCUUUCUGCGAAGGUAAGCAAUUUAGCACCAUGUAGCAAACCAAGGGCUGUGCCCGAGGUGAAAUGCUGUUCCUGUUCAGACAUAAUCCUCACUCUCGCAACAAGUCACUUCAUUUGGUUAUAGGAAGGUGCCCUCUGCACUGAUACUCAGGAAAACUGUCAGAGAUUCCAGGUGAAUAGCUUACAAACAAUCAAAUCUAGCAUUUAAUGCAAAGCUUCACACAGCAAGACAAAUUUAUAGAAAAAAAAAUAAAAUCAAGCCAAUCUCACCCAAGAUAAAGACUUUUAUAUUACUGAAGGUAGGUCACAUCCA